CCUCACCGCCGGAAAUUAUCUGCUCUGCUUCACAGCGGUUGCUCGGCCGUGCCCUGUCCGUCUCUCCCUCUCUCUUGACCUGACAGGCCGAAGAUUGCAAGAGCGAUCAAGGGAAGCUCUUUAAACCACCCACCCCACUCCCUCAGGAUUUGGGUAUUAAAGAAGAUGGCAUUCAGUAAAGGAUAUCGUAUCUAUCACAAACUGGAUCCACCACCCAGUCCUUACAGCGUGAUAGUAGAAACCCGAAACCGGGACGAUUGUCUACUGUUCGAAUCUAGGGCUGUGGCUGUUCUCUCAUCAGCAGAGAAAGAAGCCAUCAAAAAUACAUACACAAAGCUACUAGAUGCAUACGGCCUUCUUGGAGUUUUGAGGUUGAACCUUGGUGACAACAUGUUGCAUUACCUUGUGCUAGUAACUGGCUGUAUGUCAGUGGGAAAGAUACAAGAUUCUGAAGUCUUCAGAGUCACCUCUACUGAAUUUAUUUCUCUUCAAAAUGAGCCUUCAGAUGAGGAACGUAUCUCUGAAGUAAGAAAGGUGUUGAAUUCUGGAAGUUUUUAUUUUGCUUGGUCUUCCAGUGGUGUCAGUCUAGACUUGAGUCUGAAUGCCCAUCGUAGAAUGCAGGAACAUACAACGGAUAACCGUUUCUUUUGGAACCAGUCAUUACACUUGCAUCUGAAGCAUUAUGAUGUGAAUUGUGAUGAAUGGGCGUUGAGACUCAUGUGUGGAGGAGUGGAGAUCAGGACUAUCUAUGCUGCACACAAACAAGCAAAAGCUUGCUUGAUUUCACGGCUCAGCUGUGAAAGAGCAGGGACCAGAUUCAACGUGCGAGGAACGAAUGAUGAUGGACAAGUAGCUAAUUUCGUUGAAACGGAGCAGGUAAUAUUCCUAGAUGACUGUGUGUCCUCCUUUAUCCAGAUCAGAGGUUCUGUCCCAUUGUUCUGGGAACAACCAGGUCUUCAGGUUGGGUCCCAUCGUGUUCGAAUGUCCAGAGGCUUUGAAGCCAAUGCACCUGCUUUUGAUAGACAUUAUAGAACACUGAAAAAGCUGUAUGGGAAGCAAACUAUAAUCAAUCUUCUAGGAGUAAAAGAAGGCGAGCACAUGCUCAGUAAAGCAUUUCAAAGUCACUUGAAGGCCAGUGAACAUGCUGCAGAUGUUCCUAUGGUGAAUUUUGACUACCACCAGCAGGUGAAAGGUGGGAAGACAGACAGGCUUGUAACUGUGCUGAAACCCAAGGUGGAAAAGUUUCUGGAUGAGUGUGGCUUCUUUAGUUGUGACUCCAGUGGAGUUCAGAGAUGCCAAACUGGUACCAUCAGAACCAACUGUCUUGAUUGCCUUGACAGAACGAAUAGUGUGCAAGCCUUCUUUGGGUUGGAGAUGCUUUACAAGCAGCUAGAUGUGCUAGGACUAGCUGAGAAACAGCAAAUGGUCACAAGAUUUCAAGAGGUCUUCCGUUCCAUGUGGUCAAUGUGUGGUGAUUCGAUCAGUAAAAUCUAUGCUGGAACUGGAGCACUGGAAGGAAAAGCUAAGGGUGGAAAGUUUAAGGAUGGCGCACGCUCAGUUACCAGAACCAUUCAGAAUAAUUUCUUUGACAGCUCCAAGCAAGAGGCUAUUGACAUCUUGCUACUUGGUAAUACUUUGAACAGUGACUUGGCAGAUAAAGCUCGAGCUCUUCUAACAACAAGCACAUUGCAUGUUCCAGAACUGACACUUCAAUCAGCUUCCCCUCGAGUCUUGCAUGGGAUGUGUGAAAACUAUCAUAAGUAUACAAAACCAAAACGCAUCAGAGUCUGUGUUGGAACCUGGAAUGUAAAUGGUGGAAAGCAAUUUCGCAGUAUUGCUUUCAAGAAUCAAACUCUUAAUGACUGGCUGUUAGAUGCAUCAAAAAAAGCAAAUGUUCAGGAGUUUCAAGACAAGGGCAGCAGAUCUGUGGACAUUUUUGCUAUUGGAUUUGAGGAAAUGGUUGAGCUUAAUGCAGGAAAUAUUGUAAGUGCAAGCACUACUAAUCAGAAGCUGUGGGCAGCUGAGAUACAGAAGAGUAUCUCCAGGGAUUGCAAAUAUGUUCUUUUAGCUUCUGAGCAGCUCGUGGGUGUCUGCCUCUUCGUCUUUAUCCGGCCACAGCAUGCACCAUACAUCAGGGAUGUAGCAGUUGACACUGUAAAAACUGGAAUGGGAGGAGCCACUGGUAACAAAGGGGCAGUUGCUAUUCGUAUGUUGUUUCAUAGCACCAGCCUCUGCUUUGUUUGUGCACAUUUUGCUGCUGGCCAAUCACAGGUCAAGGAAAGGAAUGAAGAUUACAUUGAAAUAGCCCGCAAACUCAGUUUUCCAAUGGGGAGGUUACUAUUUUCUCAUGACUAUAUAUUUUGGUGUGGAGAUUUCAAUUACCGCAUUGAUCUUCCAAAUGAAGAAGUGAAAGAGCUGAUCAGACAACAAAACUGGGACUCUCUGCUUUCCGGAGAUCAACUUAUUAAUCAGAAAAAUGCUGGACUUAUUUUCCGAGAAUUCUUAGAAGGCAGAAUAAGUUUUGCACCGACCUACAAGUAUGACCUGUUCUCUGAUGAUUAUGACACAAGUGAGAAAUGUCGAACACCAGCCUGGACAGAUCGAGUUCUUUGGAAAAGAAGAAAAUGGCCUGUCGAUAAAUCGGCUGAAGACCUGGAUUUGCUGAAUUCCAGUAUUAAGGAUGAACCUAAGCUAACUAAUUCUUGGAGUCCUGGAACACUUGUAUAUUAUGGACGAGCAGAACUGAAAACAUCAGAUCAUAGGCCUGUGGUUGCUACUAUAGACAUUGACAUAUUUGAGGUGGAUCCUGAAGCUCGGCAAAGAGUGUACAAGGAAGUUAUCGCUCUUCAGGGACCACCUGAUGGAACAGUGGUUGUUUCACUGACCAGCUACUCCCCAAACCAGGAUCAUUUUGAUGAUAAUCUAAUUGAUCAGCUGCUUCAGAAAUUUGCUGCACACGGUGAUGUUAUUUUGAUAAGGUUUGUAGAAGAUAAAAUGUGGGUGACGUUUUUGGAAGGUAGUUCUGCUCUAUCAGUGCAGAGGUUAAAUGGCACUGAAGUUUUGGGAAGGACACUCCACAUUUGCCUUAAGAAUCCAGAUUGGACCAGUAAAUUAGAGGAAGAGAUGAGUCUGGAAAGAAGUGGUCUUGGUUUACCUGUCUCGACUAGUUCCACACUGCUUGGAGAAGAUACAGAAGUUACUGCUGACUAUGAUAUGGAAGGGGAUGUUGAUGAUUAUAGUGCUGAAGGAGAUGAAAUUCCUCAGCAUUUGCAGCCUGUGUCUGGUUCAGGUUCAGGCACCUCUCCUGCUUCAACUCCGAGAACAAGUCCAUGUCCAUCUCCCACAAUACCAGAGAUGCCUCUACCAACAUUGCCUAGCAGACCAAGCAGAGCAGCUUCCAGAACUGCUACAGUUCAACAGGAGCAACCACAACAGAAUGCUUCAGAGUUCCAGCAAGUAUCAGCACACAAGGAAAGUAGUCAAACCCUAGAACCAAAGCGGCCACCACCUCCACGUCCUGCAGUACCUCCUUCAAGACCUGCUCCACCACAAAGGCCACCACCUCCGUCAGGAGCUAGAAGUCCUGCACCAACUAGGAAAGAGUUCAGAGGUCCAGGGGCACCUGUCAGUCCAGGGUUAGCUAGAAAGGAAAUGGAAGGCCGUCUCCAGCCACCUCCACAAGCAACCAUGAAUUCAGCUAGUACUGGAACCGGUGUUGCAUCUAGACCGAGCAUACCGCCACGUGCUGGGGUUAUUAGUGCACCAGCAAAUGUACCGAUCAAGCUACCUAUAGGAGCACAGCAGUCGGAACCUCAAAGCAAACCUCCGGAACUGUUAAAAGGACCAUUGCUCUUGCCAGAACCACUCAAGCCAAAAAUUGCUACUCCACUUCCACUGCAACCUCCCCCAUUAGGUUCACAGAAGCUACAGGAGCCUCUUAAACCCGCUGGUUUGAAACCUAUUUCUCAGACUCCACCCCCUUCUCUUGGCUUAGAUCACCUAGCACCUCAGGCUCCACCUCGCAGCAAAUCUGCCCAGAACCUGCCAGUAGAACCUGUCGCUGCAGAGCAGCUAAAAGCCAGUAUUAAUGGAUUUAACAAUGGAGGACCAUCUAACAUUGACCCUUUUGCUGAUCUUUCACUCGACCGGCUUGCUGAUCCUUGGACAAAGACUCCGUUAUCAAGCGGAAAUACUAGUUUGCAACCAGCAUAUGCGCAUGUAUCUCCUACUUUGUGCCAGCAACAAUCCAUUGAGCCCCUUGUGUCAUCACAAGCUAACUGCAUGCCAUUGGUACCUCCCAUUCCUCCCAGAAGUAAAUCACAGGAGAGUUUUCAAGUCUGUCCUGGAUCUUUGAAUUUCCUGGCUGAUGGCAAUACUUCCAAUACAAACCCUUUCACUCGAAAAACUGGUUAUAAUCCAUUUAGGACAGAUACUCAAAACCCCAUACAAAGACCUGCUGCAUCACAAACAUCUGUGCAAACGAGCAGCAGUUACCCUGUCUUUUCAACCACUGGGGCAGGGAUUGGUGAGGCUGCCUCUUCAUCAAAUCCAUUUAAAGGCAACAAUAUCUUUCAGAGUAAACCUGCGAUAAGUAACAAAGUACAAACCAGUGGAUGGGUGACCUUUGAGGAUAAUGAUUUUUCUCAAAAAGAUGGAACUCUGUCAACUAGUGCAAAAGAAAUUGAAUGCCAGGAUCCUUGGAAUGACAGUGUUCACAACUCAUCAUUGCAGAAUGCACACAAAUUAUUUCCAAGUUCAGAUUUUGGGUUUGGCAGUGACUGGCAUAAAAGUAACAAAGCAACUGGUGCAUCAGUACCCAUGCCAUCUCGAAGACCACCACCUCCUAUACCUUUGAGAUCAAAUGUCGUCAUCCCAAUAUUGCCAUUCAAUUCAGAGACACCUGACUCUCUAACAAAGCAGGACUUUACUGAAAGAUGAGAUGUGGUCUAAUAAGGUCUGAAGGCUAACUUUUAAAAAAAAUUUUGACUUCUUUGUCGGGGCUUUACAUGUGCAAUAUGUUCUGUAUAAAAUGCCAAAUACUUGGCAUCUGUUUUACAAGAAGUUCUAUGUUAGUGUUAAAUAAUUGGCAAUGAUUUUGUAUGGUCAUCGCAUUAUUUGUUGUAUUUUAAGGUUGCAGAUUCAAAAUCCACCAUUUCCUGAAUGUGAUAUCAGCUAAUUAAUGUUUUUUGGGAAUUGAUCUGGUGCAAGAUGCAGUUAAAUUGCCAGGCGAGGAAAAACAGUAAUAAUAUGGAUUACGUAAAUAUUUUUAUUAAAGAUGUGAACUUAUGGUUAAUGCAACACUGUUGUUCUCUGAACCGUCCCAAGAAAUUUUAGUUCAAUCUGACUUGCUGUCAGUUGCAAUUUAACUAACCAGUGUUAAAUGUGGUAGUAGGCUAGUUAUUUUCAGAGCAUUUGCAUAAUUUUUAUCCUUUAUUGGUUCAGAUUAUCCAAUUUUAUAUGGUAACAAAAUUUCCAGAAUAUUUUAAUUUAUUUAAUUAAAAUCAAAAGUUUGUGCUGGGCUUUUGGUGAACCUUAGCAAUGGAUGUAGCCAUCCAACAUGCAAAAUAUUUCUUGAUUUUUCUUAUUUCCAUUCAUUAUUACUGUUGUUUACAAUGACACGCUGUGCUCCUUAUCAAAGUUGGGGGCUGGCUAUAUUAAUGGACACAUUGUACCCGUACUCUUCAAUAAGAGUCAAACUGCUUAGUUUGUUUACACAAUUGUUUGACUCAACCACUAAGUUGUAGCCAUUGACUGUUCUAAUGAUAUUCAAGUUUCAAAUAGGUGGUUGUGGACAAACUUCAGACUAUUGAAUGAAUUACAUUGUAUUUGUUGCUGUCAGGCCCAACAUGUCUAAUAACCACUGUGGAGGGCAUCUCUGUUUAGGUAAUGCACUGUCCAUUUUAACAUUGUGGUCUGAGUUCCAUUGAUGGGAUGGGAUGGGAUGGAUAUGUGUUCAUUCUAACUUAAGGGAUCUUAGAUAAAUUUGGGUAAUGUCUACCCAUUGCCAAGAAGGCAUAGUACAACACAAUAAUUGGCAUUAAAUUUAGCAGCUUUGCUGGAGGAUGGCUGUUAGAGGAGGUGUGCAAAUAAGUUGUUUUUUACAAGUUGGGCUAAAGUACAUAGUACUAUUUUUUCGGGGUUGAAAAUAGAGGGAGGUGGGGUGGAGGGCUUGAUCUUGACAUUACAUCCCUUUAUCUUAAUGAGCACAAAAUCAUUUCCUGAAUUCUAACCAUGCGAAGAAUUUAAUGGUAUUCAUCAGCAAGUUGAUCUGGUUAAUAAAACGCUAACUACUAAUCACUCAGUCAGUUGCUAUGAUUUCAAAUGUGCAUCACAUUCGUCAUCACUUAUUAGUCUACUUGCAUUAACUUGGAACAUCUCCUCCAGUAUCAAACUUCAUCUUCUAAAGUUAAUUACAUCUCUUACUAAAAACUCUGAUUUAAGAAAAUGAAAGCCUAUGCACCAUUACUCCACUUUUUUACCUUGGUCUAGAGGGAGCCGACUACCAUAUAAUAUUGCCUCUGAUAUGUCACUAGUUAUCAUAAGUGAAACCAUGUUUCAUUCCUAGCACCAACAUCCUCUUUUUGACAAGCACACUUAGUUUCCUCCCCAUCAAAAAAAAUCUAACUACAGUCUAAGGUUAUUUAUCUAUAAUAUAUUUCCAUUUAAAGAACAUAUUCAUACCUGAUGAUAUCACUGUUUAGUUCAGAUAUUGGUUUAUAGAAAAUAUAUUCUGUAUAGUAUGUAUGCAACUAUAUAAACCAAGGUUAUGGCAGCAGAUGAAGAACAAGGCUAUUGAAUAAUAGACCAGUUUUUUUUUUCCAGGAGAAACAGUAAAUAUGCCAAAUUGCUCUUCAGAUAUGACCUUAGCAUGAACAUCUGACAUUUUUUAAAAGCUUACUAAAUUCUUCCAUUUGUUUGACACAAAUGCUAAUUUGUAAGGUUGUUGUUGCAGUUGUGUGUUGAUGCAUUAAACUGUCUGUCACUAUGCAUGAUUUUGUUCAGACACAGUAAGCAAGAAUCUUUAAACUGUUAUUAACUAAGUAUUUGAUUUAAAAUGUUGAUCAUAAAAGAAGGUGGUGAUUCUUUUGGUCUGUUUCAAAACUGUAGCCUCAAUUACACUAUUUUAUUAAGCUAUCUGAAAUGUGUUAACAUAUUGAUAGCUUCUUUCAUUGAUCAGAAAGUGAAAAAUAUGAAAAUAAAAAUGCCGAAACAGUAAAACAAAAUCUUGCAGCCUUGUUAUAGUUAGUGUAUUGGCUAAAUUCUCACUACUGAUAUCUUAAAGGCAUUAUUAUAAUGCUUUUGCUGCUGCUCUUUUUGCCUGUGGUGCAAUGGGAAAUCACUCUUAAAAUUCCUUUCAUGGCACAUCAACUAAUACAUUUCUACAUGUAAAUGGUGUUCAAGCGUAUAACUUUUCAUUCGGCUAAUUUUAAAAUGUUCAGUGUGGAAAAAUAUCACUGCAAAUUUUCAUUUUAUAACUGAGCUUUCUGCUGACAUCUGUGGCUAAUGAAGAACUACAGCAAAUAUGUAAUUUGCAGCACCACAGAUAUUGUAUACAAAGACUUAACUGCAACAUUUCAAUGUGGUAAUCUGGCUGUUUAUGGUUUUUAUAGGUCCUCUGAUCUUUAAAUGUUCAUUAAUGUGUACCUAUAAUCCUACAGAUUGUUUGUUAUAUUCAGUAAACAAUAUGUCUUAAUCUUUUCCUGCGUGCUUAACAAGUUGUACAUAUCCUGUGAUAUCCAAGUUGCAUCUUAAUACAAUAAACAUAGCUGUGUCCUA